AUGAACCCCGACGGCGAUGAUGACCGGUCAUCCUCGACCCCAACCGCCACAUCCAAGUCCGCCUCUGGGCAGGAGAAGGAGAAGCCUCGUCUGACUGACCAGGAGAAGAAGAAUAACCACAUUGCCUCCGAGCAGAAGCGACGAGCAGCGAUCCGGGAGGGUUUCGAUCGACUCACAGAAUUGGUGCCUGGACUGGAGGGGCAAGGACGCAGUGAAAGCAUCGUCCUACAAAAGACUGUGGACUUCAUUCAUUUGAAGCUCCAGGAACGGCAGAACCUGAUCGCAGAGAUUGAGAACAAGGGCGGCCGGGUGGAUGAUUCUUUCCGGCCAUCAUAA